AUGCCAGCCCUGGUGCUGUCACUACAGGUUCCCCGCAUCUGUUCUGCCUUCCCAGCACAGCCCCUCAUGCUCAACUGUCUCAGCAAACAACAACUCCUCACAGCCAUUCAUCAGCUGCAGCAGCUGCUGAAGGGCCAGGAGACCCGCUUCGCCGAGAGCAUCCGCACCAUGAAGAGCCGGCUGGCUGCACUGCAGAGUUCUGUGAGCAGGGCAGCCCCAGAAGCAGCCCCAGUCUCCUGCCCUGCGCUGACUGCCCCUCUGGAUGGCAGGAAGUUUGGAGGCAAGUAUCUAAUGGAUCACGAAGUCCACUUCACCUGUGACCUGGGAUUCCGGCUGGUCGGGCCCAGCAGUGUUGUGUGCCUGCCCAAUGGCACAUGGACUGGAGAGCAGCCCCACUGCAGAGAUAGCAGUGAAUGCUCCAGCCAACCUUGUCAGAAUGGUGGGACAUGUGUAGAAGGAGUCAACCAACACAAGUGUAUUUGUCCACCAGGAAGCUCUGGGAGCCACUGUCAGCAUCAGGCCCAGACUGCGCCUCUUCUCCCCACAGUCGCCCAGGACCCGGCUUUCAGUCGCGCGCCCCGCUGCGCGCAGGUGGAGCGGGCGCAGCACUGCAGCUGCGAAGCAGGAUUCCACCUGAGCGGAGCCUCCGCCGCCAACAGUGUCUGCCAGGAUGUGAAUGAGUGUGAGCUCUACAGACAAGAAGGGCGUCCACGACUCUGCAUGCACGCGUGCGUGAACACCCCGGGCUCCUACCACUGUGCCUGCCCAAGUGGAUACCGCACACUGGCUGAUGGGAAGAGCUGUGAAGAUGUUGAUGAGUGUGCAGCUUCCCAGCACACGUGUCCUCGGGACACUAUGUGCAUCAACACCAAUGGAGGCUUCCAGUGCGUCAGCCCAGAGUGUCCCGAGGGCAGCAGCAACGUUAGCUAGGUGAAGACAUCCCCAUUUCAGUGUGAGUGAAACCCCUGCCCCAUGGACAGCAGACCCUGUCGCCAUUUGCCCAAGACCAUCUCCUUCCAUUACCUCUCUCUGCCUUCCAACUUGAAGACACCCAUCACACUCUUUCGCAUGGCCACGGCCUCACCGCCUGGCCGGCCAGGGCCCAACAGCCUGCGGUUUGGGAUUGUGGGUGGAAACAGCCGUGGCCACUUUGUGAUGCAGCGUUCAGACCGGCAGACGGGGGAGUUGAUCCUCAUACAGACUCUGGAAGGGCCUCAGACACUGGAGGUGGACGUCGACAUGUCAGAAUACCUGGACCGCUCCUUCCAGGCAAAUCAUGUGUCUAAGAUCGCCAUCUUUGUGUCCCCCUAUGACUUUUGA